AGGCAAAGAGCCAAUGCAGUUUAAAGAAAGUUUGUUCUACCAUAGUCUUAACUUCUUGGGUUGGCUUAAAGACAAGGCUACAGACUUCUGGCGGAUUGGGGAAUAUCAUUAGUGAUAUGAAAUAAAAACUUUAGUGAGUUGUCUCAGGAAAGAUCAGGGCUUUGUGGAGAAGAGGGGAAAAAACAUUUUUAAAAUGGAGUUCAAUAGAUGUUUGGGUGCAUCAGCAGAAGAGGAAAAAGGAAGACAAGAGGGUGGGGAAGAUGAUAUUAAUAAUGCUGGCAGUAGUGUUGUACAUGAAGAGCUGGAUUUGGUACAAAUGUACCUUACUUGUUUGCCUGAAAGAUACAUGAAAGCAAAAUUCACUCUGACAGCGUACCUGACAUGCUGGCUGUUACUGAAACUCUGCAAGAAAGCCUAUGAGAAAAGACUCUCUGCUUCUAAAAAGGAGUGCCAAGGAAGUGCUGUAAGAAGGACUGCUGGAGAAAGAGAAGAAAGUACUUCUGAGAAGAGGCAGCUCCACAUCCAGACCCCAGAGCCGGUUGAAAACUACAUCAGUGAAGGAGAGUUUGAAGAUGAUCUGAGUUGUUCUACCCCGAGCACGAUAGAGCUAGAGAUACGUGGAUCCAGCCAAGAAACAGAUGAAGAUUAUUUUGAGACCCUGUCACAUCAGAGUGGAUCUCUGUCAGAUGUAAAAACUGAGCCUUAUGAGAGUGCAUCAGACACAGAAUCUGUUUCCAGUGAUAUAACUGGGGAAACUUGCUUGGAUUCAAACUGCAUUUUUACUGAAAAAGAAAAUCUGUGCUGUAGUCUUCCUAAAGCAAAGGCAGAAACAACCCUCCAUGAACUUAAGUGCUCAAGUCAACCAGAAUUUACCCAGCAGGUGUGGUUAGAAGUGUCCUCCAAAAUAAAAGCAGCACCAAGCAGAACUGAAUUUUGCAUACAAUCUGCAAGGUCAGAAGGUGAAGAAUUAGGUGAUGAAGAGCUAACAUUAACUAGUGAUAUUUCCAACACAGAGAACGAAGUCAGUGAAGAGGGCAUUAUAUCACAGACAAAUAGAAAGUUUGUAGCAGUAUUGCAAGAUAAAGCAGAGUUUGAAAGCAGUGAAGUGCAGUCCUGUACCAACUCAGUACCUACAGAAGAUGAUGUUACAAAACAGAAGGAACAUCCUGCAGUAUUAAGCAUUGCUUGUUUCAAAGCAAACUCAGAAAGUUGUUUGAUUUUUCCUGAGGUACAGCAACCUUCUUUCCAGUCAGAUGCAGCAUCAAGCUGUAGUUUGCCUAAUCUUCAUUUUGAAACAAAUGGACCUAACCAUAAAAGUUACACUGAGACAUCUGACUAUAAGUGUGAAUUAGAAUCUAUGUCCAGUAUAAAAUGCAGCAGGAGGAACUCAGUUGAUAGUGAGGAAACUACAGGUAAAAGACUAAAACAUGGAAGUACAGAGACCAUGUUGACAUCAGAUUCAUUCUUUUACCAGAGUUGCUUCAAACCAAAAUCUCAGCCACCACUCACAGGGUCAGAGAUUACUGAAAGUAAAACAUGGCACAGUGUACCUGAAAAUAUCAGUGUUCAAAGCAAGACAGAAUAUGUGGGGAACUGUAUUCAUCUGGCAGAAAAAUUUAGAUGGUCAUGUUCCAGAAUACAUCUUCAAGGGCUGGAUUUUGAAUACACUUGGAAAAACUUAGGAAGGGUACCUUUAAGCCCUGAAAAGGCAAUAAAAGUAGAGGGAAAAUUUGGCAUAAAAAGAUCUCUUCUUAAUACUGACAUAGACUCAAAUAAGUGUCAGCUUUCUCAACCAGCAGGCUCUCCCCAGUGCAUUGAUUAUUAUUUGCACUCUAAAUCAGAGACGUGUGGCCUUAGCCCAGAAUCAGUAGGUACAUGUGCUCAUAGCUUAUCUUCUACACAGAUUGAUGCUUGUGAGUGUAAUCUGAAACAAAAGGAGACUUCAUCUGCCCUGGACUGUGAGCCAGUGAUCAUAAAUGCUGAAGAACUUAUAAAAAGUGACCAGUACAAAGCUGAAAGAGAUCUGGAAGCAGACAAAUUCCCUUGUGAUAUUGAUGUUGAAUCUAGCAUUGGUGACACUGAGAACCUAGCAGCUUAUCACAUAGGUUUUCCUGCUGUUGUGGAAAAUAGAGAUUGUGAUUGUUCUGUAAACUGUGUUUCCACUGGUAGAAUACAGCAGAAAAGUUUGAAGGAGAAUGACCUUGAAUCUGAACUGUCAGGCAUGGAGAUCAUGGUAGGGGAAAGAUGGGUAGAUGAUUCUUCUAACCUUGACUUCUGUUGUGAAGUCCUGGAAACCACAUUGCAACCAGGUGGCAGUAACACUGGGACAGAGCACAAAGAGUCAAUGCAGCAAAAUACAAGUUGCAAAACUGGUGCCUUAAGGAGUGACUCUGAGCUAGUAACAAAUGAACAUCCUACUCAUAAAGGAAAGGAUAAAGACAGUGUCUUUGCUGUUGAAAUGACUCCCAGAUCAGAUUAUAUAAACCAGAGAAGGCACUUAAUGACUCUUCCAGAGUUAAAGCCUGCCCUAAUUAUAGUAUCUGUAGAGCAGAAAGCAUUACAGUCCAAGACACUGAAAGAUAACCUUCCUGCUGAAGUAGUAACUGGAACAUUGAGAAAUGUAGUGAGCAAGGAUUUGAUGUCUCCUCAUACUGUCAGCAAAGCUCAUGAUGAGCCAGAGAGAGUUCUGAGUGAAAGCUGUAGCUGUGAAGAACAAAUCGUGGCUACUCACCCCAUUCCUGGUAGUGCAGAGGUACUCCCUGGUAUGGAUACAGCUGAAGAAAAACUAGAAGUUUCACAAGAGAAAAGAGAGAAAUCAGAUGCUGUUUCAUCCUUAGGGUUCACUUGUAGUAGUUCCUCAGUAACAAGUGCAAAAGUGGAACACAGGAAUGUUACUGUACCACUGGGCAAUUAUAUACUUAUUGCAGAAAGUCAGGCAGAUCAAUGUGAAGAAGCACUCUUAAAAUCAUAUCAUAGAAGUGGUGAUGUGAUCUCUGAGAGAGAGCCCUGCAGAACAAAGACUGGUUUUGAAUUAGAGGCAGAACAGUUCGGAAAGUCAUGGACUGAAACAGGAGAUGAGCAGGUGUCUAAGGAAGAAGAAUUCAAAGCACAUCAAGACAGAGAGGAAGACUUAUAUAUAACUAGUGCAGUAACAUUGGAAACAUGCAGUGUAAGCAGUUUGUGUCAGGGAGAUGGUGCUGAUGUUGCUCUUCAAGGGCCCAGCAUCAUUUCUGAACAAGCAGUAGGCAGGCAAGGAAGUGAAGGCUGUAAUCGUUCAAAGGAAAAAAUAGGUAUUUGUGAAGAACCUUCUCCUAGUGAAGGAAAGGAGGGGUCUCCUGCAAAAGACACAGCUAACCCUAGCAAAGACGGGACACUGAAUCUAGAUGUGUCUGAUGUCUUUAACUAUUCUGCGAAAAGGGAGACCCAUAACGCUUGCAUGCUGGGCCUAGAUAAUAUAAGUACCUGCAGCACUAACAGCGAGGAAAUGGAUGAGAACUCCUUCCACAUCCUGGGAAGUAACAGUAGUCUCCAUAAAGCUGUGCAAAAGCCAGCAAAGAAUGGGAAUAGUGGGAAAGCUUCCAGGUUUUUAGUAUUCUCAAAAAUGACAUCUUUUCGGAAAACUAAGCCUGCCACAGCAGAAAAUCAGGGAAGUAGCAGCUUCUUUGGCAGCAAGGCAAAGAUGGAAGAACUGGAUGCUGGGAAAGAGGAUGAAGACACUGAAAGUUUACAGUCUUUCAAAAGUUGCUCAUCUGGUUCAGCCUUCCACAGGAAGGAAAGCUACACUUCUGAGUACUCUGAUGACGAUGAUCUAUUCUAUGAGAGACCUGCAGGAUUAUUCAACAGAAUGAGCCUGAGGAAGGCUUCUGGCUCUGGUCGGAUACUGAUGGAAGGUGUAGAUACAAAUUCAACUUCUCCCACACUGGCUACUGUCAAAUAUGCAGAUCGACAAGUUUCAGGUUCAUCUGAAAACAAUGACAGUGAACCUGUGGAAUACUCUGGGAUUAGAAAAUCUUUCCCUGAAAAUGAAUACAAAAGAAACAAAAACCCUGAGGGUAAGAAGUUCAGGACAAGGUUGGCCUUGGCACACAAAUCCCUCUCAAGCUUAUUUGAAUCCAGAUCUCCAGAAAAGGAAAAUACUGAGCAAAGCUCAAGAGUAUCACUGAAAAAUGAAAGGGAGAAAGCCAAACUUCGCCAGAGCACCUGGAAAGCUUUUCUAAAAAGCAAGGAGGCAGAUGGACUAAAAAGGCCUGUUUUAGCAAGUUUAUCACCAACACAGGAGAGUCUUAAUGCAAUUAGCAGCCACGUAAUGAGAACAAUGUCAGUAGAGCGACAGGAUAGUUCCAAUGGGCCCUCAUUUUUUAAAACAGAAACAGCUAAUGGCUCCUCAACAGACACCAACUCUUUUGACACCUCUGUGGAGCCUGUUGAUGUCUCUUCACCUGCAGGUAUAUGGAGAAAACGAAUACAGUCCCAUGACUUGGGCAUAAGAUACUCACAGAGUUCAGACUGUGAUGAACAACAGGAGGCUCUGAGCAACAGUUUAAAUACUUCUCUAGAGGAAUAUUGGAUGAAAUCUCCAUUUAGCCCCACUGACUUGCAGCUGCCAUUUAGUCAGUCAAGUCCAUCAUGUCCCCAGCUCUCAAAUUCUGAUGGUAAAGACAUGCCUUGUAGGCCCAUGAGUCCUAAACCGCAGAGUCCACGAUCCACCUCUCAACACAAGACCUUCCGCUAUCCUGGAAGAAUAUGUGCCACUUCGAUGAUCUCUCUUGGGAACAGCUCUGCAGCUGAAAGCAAUUUAGAGGCUCCUGAGAGACCAAAGGCAUUGAAACCCAGAGGUAGUCUCUUACUUUCUGUACACUCAUUGGACAACGAAUACCAGAGGGAUGACAGUGGCGUAAGCAGUCAAUCCCAGAUCAGCUUAAACACAGCUUCUUCCAUUAGUGACAUGCUCCGAGAUGAGGAGUCUAAACAGCAAUGUCAAACACCACCUGAAAAAAGGCCAAAUGAGAAAUGGGUUCCCCAUCGCAAAAGGAGGCCCCCCCGGGUUCCACCAUCCCCACACCCUAUCUCCACCCUUGAGAGCAAAGCCUGGAGGCUUUCCUUCCUUGCUCCAGAUGAAAAAGCCAAGGACAUUCCAGAGAGGAGGAGGAAGAGACCUAAACCCCUCUAUAAGUGCUUCAGCUUCGAUGAUGUUUGGAUGGAGAGGAACCAAAAAAGGAAGCUAGAGAAGGAGACACAGCCAGAGAGAGGGAUUCAAUUGCGACACCUCCCAGAGGACCAGUUAAAAGCUGGAAUAAGUCCAUCCAUCACGUCUGCUGUUGCCUUUGACAUCCUACCACUGAAACUGCAUCCAUUUUCCCAGAGCACUCCGACAGGCUUAGACUGCGUGGGCUGGAAACAGUGCAUCUACCCUCCUGUGAUUGCUGAUGGGCCACUGGAUAAGACAGCUCUAACAGACGAUGUGGGAAGUGAGGAGGACCUGUAUGAGGACUUCCGGAGCUCCAACCACCGCUAUGGCCACCCUGGGGGAGGCGGAGAGCAGCUUGCCAUCAAUGAGCUCAUCAGUGAUGGCAGUGUGGUGUAUGCAGAAGCCCUCUGGGACCAUGUCACAAUGGAUGACCAAGAGCUGGGAUUCAAGGCCGGCGAUGUCAUUGAAGUAAUGGAUGCUACCAACAAGGAGUGGUGGUGGGGGAGGAUUCUGGACAGCGAAGGCUGGUUUCCAGCCAGCUUUGUACGGCUGCGAGUAAACCAGGAUGAACCCAUGGAAGAUUAUCCCCUGAAGGUAGAGGGUGGCAAAGAGGACGACUCUAGCAGUGGCACCCGCCGCUUUGGGAUGGGGCAGACCACCAAAGACCAAAUGAGGACCAACGUCAUCAAUGAGAUCAUAAGCACAGAGAGAGACUACAUCAAGCAUCUGAAAGACAUUUGUGAGGGUUACAUUAAGCAGUGCCGCAAAAGAGCUGACAUGUUUACAGAAGAACAGCUGAAGACAAUCUUUGGGAAUAUUGAAGACAUCUACAGGUGCCAGAAGAAAUUUGUUAAAGCACUAGAGAAGAAAUUCAACAAAGACCACCCACAUUUGAGUGAGGUUGGCUCAUGCUUCUUGGAAUAUCAAACAGAGUUUCAGAUAUACUCUGAAUACUGCAACAACCACCCCAAUGCCUGCAUGGAGCUGUCCCGCCUCACCAAAGUUAACAAGUACGUCUACUUCUUUGAAGCCUGCCGCCUGCUGCAGAAGAUGAUUGACAUCUCUCUGGAUGGGUUUUUGCUGACUCCUGUGCAGAAAAUCUGCAAAUAUCCACUGCAACUUGCUGAACUGCUCAAAUACACCAACCCACAACACAGGGAUUUUAAAGAUGUCGAAGCUGCCUUAAAUGCCAUGAAGAACGUUGCUCGGCUCAUCAAUGAGAGAAAGCGGCGACUGGAGAACAUUGACAAAAUUGCUCAGUGGCAGAGUUCAAUAGAAGACUGGGAGGGUGAAGAUGUCCUAGUCAGAAGCUCAGAACUCAUCUAUUCUGGGGAAUUAACCAAAAUCUCUCACCCUCAAGCCAAGAGCCAACAGAGGAUGUUCUUCCUCUUUGAUCACCAGCUUGUCUGCUGCAAGAAGGACCUUCUGCGCCGGGACAUCUUGUAUUAUAAGAGUCGGAUCAACAUGGAUGAUAUGGAAAUAGUGGAUGUAGAAGAUGGGAAAGACAAGGACUUCAAUCUCAGCGUGAAAAAUGCAUUUAAGUUGCACUGCCAAGACACUGAGGAAGUCCACUUAUUCUGUGCAAAAAAGCCUGAGCAGAAACAGCGCUGGCUGAAGGCAUUUGAGAAUGAAAGGAGACAGGUUCAGCUCGACCAGGAGACAGGUUUUUCAAUCACAGAGGUGCAGAAAAAGCAGGCAAUGCUGAAUGCCAGCAAGCAGCACCAUACCGGGAAGCCUAAGGCUGUCACCAGGCCAUACUAUGACUUUCUGAUGCGCCAGAAGCAUCCCACCCUGCCUACUACACUCCCUCAGCAGCAAGUCUUCAUGCUGGCAGAGCCCAAGCGCAAGCCCUCAAACUUCUGGCAGAACAUCAGCAGGCUGACGCCCUUCCGGAAAUAAGGGCAGCCCCGUGUUUGUGCCUGAACCCCUUCUGAGAAAGCACUUUAUCCACAAGUCCUGGGAGGUGGAGCCCAGGUUCUUCCAAUCCUUUGUUUACAGAGGAUGGCACAUGUGCUCCUGCCUUCCCUAUUUAUUUUGCAGGCCGACUGCCCACACUGGCUCUGAGGUGAGACAUGCUGUGUGUGCUUGCACACAUGUGCAUUUGUGCCAGUCCCAUCGAGCCAGCCUUGCACAGCGCCCAAGAGGCAAACUUCCAGGAAGACAUCACAGGAUGAGCCUGACAUGUCUCAUCUGAAAAGAUUUUGCUUGUCAGCUGUACUUUGACUCACUCCUUCCUGCUGUGAACACUACUGCUGUCCGGCAGCUGUCAGAGAGGGGGUGGCAGCUGAUACACCUGCCAGCUCUGUGUCCACUGACUUGCACAGAACAGUUCAGAGUCACUGACAUGAUACUUUUUCCAUGGAGGGAUAAACCCUUCUGCUCUCUGCCCACCCCCACUCCCCACAUUUCUCAGAGACAUGAUCCUCUUACACACGUCUAAUUCAGUUAGCCUUUGCAGGCACUCAAGACAACAGUGAGUAUUGCACUGUGACCUUUUCCUUUCCUUUAGUUCCAACACUACUGAUGAACUAUCUAGUACAUUAAACUGUGCCAAUCAACCUGCAGCAUGAGUAAAGUUCAAGAAUCUCUCUAGUGGGUUUGAGUUACAUGUUAGAGAAAAAUGUGCCUAAUUAAUACCAUACUCAAUUCCUUAGAUUCUCGUCUCUGCAUCAUUCUGCCGUAUUUCCUGGCCAAUGAAAAUGCUCAUUGUUUGUAAUGUGUUUAUUUAUGGUAAAAAUCAGAACUGUGUAUUUUGUAAGUCUGUAAUUGUUCUUGUCAGAUGUUGUUAACUUGAUGCCUGUUUUGUCUUUUUUUUUUUUUUUUUUUUUUAAGAAAGGUCAAUAUUUGCAAACCUAGCUCCCAGAAGUCAGAGUCUACAGUUGAACUCUGAAAGACUAAAACCAUGACUGUUACACAAACUUCCACAGGCCCUCAUUUCAAGGGGUAUUAUUGCAGGUUUUUGACACCUUUAAAAAAUGGAAAGCCACUUUAGAAAGGCCUAAAUUUGGCAUUAAGAGUCUCACUAAGUACCCAAGUUUCAAACUGUGGCCAAAAAGAAUUAAUUUAAAACUUGGUUAGCAAAAGGAAAGAUUUGCCUUACCAUAGUGAGAGUUAGAAGCCAUACUGACUGAAUUCCCUAGCUUAAGAGACAUCCUGUGACACUGGAAGGAAGACACCUGCUCAUUCCAACAUGAUGGUACUGUGAAUGAGCACUAACUGCAGAGCUCAGAAAUCCAGUGUUUGUUGAUGCUGUAGCUGACCAAAGUCUGGUCAUCCAGGGAUAUCUGAAUUCAAUAGCAUGUACAAAGUCAUUCUUGCACUAUAUCUUAUCUUCCCCCCAGACUAGGGGCAACAUUUAAUUUCAUAAAGAAACUUGUAAAAGUAACUUUCAGCCUGUGUUUGUCUCCAACAUGUCUAGCUCUCUGAACUUGUUUCUCUUCAGAGUCACUGUAGAGAUUCUGCUCUUGCAGCUCAAAAAGAGACUGCUAAUCAGUAGAAGCCAUGCCAGGAGGUUAACUCAAAGCCAUCCUUUGGAUGGAAGACUCAAGAAGCAGAGACCAUACUGCAGAUGUGCUGGUCACUUAGAACACUGAUCAAGGUUCGCAAGUCACCAGCUCCCAAAUUCCUGCUAGUUACUUAAAAGGAGAACAUGUCUAGGAAACAUCAAAAAAGCUGCAGGGGGUGCUCAAGCCCACUUUGAGCAAUAUGGAAUUAAAGAGGAACAGCAAGUGCCAAGAAGUAAGAAACAUACUUGAAAGAGAACCCAGCUUCUCCUCCUGGGACCUGCCCACCUGCACAGCCUGCAGCCUGCUUCCCUGCCCCUCUUCCUGGGAAAACACACAACUCCAUGCUCUUCUCCUAGGCAGAACCAGAUGUGACAUCACCAUUCAAUAUGGUCCUACAGAAAAUGGUGACCAAAAACCAACAAAAACUUCCCUCUCAUGCAGAAGCACAAGAGAUGUCUGCCCAGGGAAGGUUUAGCACUUCCCCCCCUGUCACCCCAAGCAACAGAGGAAAAUGGGGCUUACCAAACUGGAAGCAGAGCCUUGAGAUGCUGCCUGACUGCCUCACAGUGACCUGAACCAGCACAAGCAGUUACAGGUCUGGUCUGUCAUUUGCCAAAAAUGCCUCUCUAAUACCAUGCAGCUGUUGGGAAAACAAACCAGUGGGACACUGUAGGAAUGGCCUUCAAACACUGCACAAAACAGGCAUGGUUCACUGAACUGGGGGGGGCAGGGGGGAAACAACCAACCAAAAAAAGAAAAAAAAAAUCCAGCCCUCAUUUGCACAUUACAUCUGCAUUAUCAGCCUUACAGUGCUCAGCAUUGCCUGGCCUCACCCUCUGGUCCUUUCAACCCACACACUGUCCAUGAGUGCUGGCUAAGCUCCCCUCAGGGGCCAGCACAUAGUGGCAGCCUAAGCUUUAGCACACAGUAUGAAGAGCUUUUGACAGCUGGGUCUCUCAGCAUGCACUAUGAUACAGAACAUUUGUUCUCUACACUUGAGAGGACAUUGUGUCGCUGGGGGGGCGGGGGGAGGGGGAGGAGGUGCUGCAGGAGGGGCUAAAAAAAAAAAAAAAAACCAAAACCAAAAAAACCCCCCCAAAAAACGGGCUCUGUAAGAAGCCACUGAGAUCAGGCUGUACUACUUCUUGCCAAGUACCAAAAUUAACAGUGACACCUCCCAGACCCAUGCCAGGUUACCGAGUGCUCUGCAUGCCAUGAAGAUUACAUGGUUUGGACAUUCCCCCUCCCCCAGAGCUAAACACUAGUAAGAGCUGCCUGUCCACAGUCCAGCCUCUGCUAAAACCCAAAGGCUGCAGACACAGUCUGCCCCAACCCCUGGGGGGGGGGGGGGGGGGGGCAGUCAGAAGCUCUACCGAGCUAAUCCAGACACAGCAAAUGGUGUUCCUCAACACUGGGGGCUUUACCUGCAGCCCCCUGUUCCCACAGCUACACCAAUACUGGCAUAAUGCCAUUUUGCAACAACUAACAUUCACCCCUCUGACAAGCUCAAGCCCUUGCACUUGCACACGUACCUUUCAGGGGAACACCCCAGUGCUUGCUGCCUCUCAGGCAUAAGCUUCAGCCCAAGAAGUGUUGCUGCGCUCACCCUAAGCAGAGCAACACCCAGCGGGCCUGUCACAGCAUCCAUAGGGCUGAAUUACCCUUACUGCAUUGCCACACCCAGAACAGCAUCAGGCAGUUGCACCCAGCACUUCUCAGUAAUCGAAGGCACUUGUCACUUCUGUGUUUACCCUAAGUGUCUACACCCUCCUUUCCUUAUCCAUGGCAUGUUUGUUUUGAUUGGCCAGGAAGAAAAUCUGUUGGCACAGAAACGAUCAAUUUUCUGAGCUUAUCAAUCAGCUUUGUAGGAAGUGGGGGGAGGAAUGUUGAAUUGGACCAGUGAACCUAGGCUGGAAGGGACCUUGGGACAAUUCCCACCCCCAAAACAUGCACACCCCCUCAAAGCAAGACCAACUGUGAAGCUGCAUCAGGUUUCUCAGCAUCUUGUCCAGUUGCUAUCUGCGUGUGCUCAAGGCCAGAGAUUCCCCCAAAACCUGUUUGGGUCCUGUUCAAUACCUCACUGUCCCCAUUAUGAAAAAAAAGUUCUUAAGUCUAUUCCAAGUUUCCCUUGCUGCAACUUCUGAUCUGUUUUUAAUGUGUAUGUUGCUUUAUACACCCAGCUUUACAUCUACGCUGAAGUCACUCCAGUACAAAUCUUGACCUAUUCUACUGAAUGAAAUGGUGUGACAGUGGCACAUCACCUGAAAGUGCAGGGCAAAAGCUUUGAAGGGCAAUAAAACACACCCCUGCCCUCCCCCUGCUAACACACACGUAAGAAUUGGCUACUAUUAAUUAUCUGUGUAUCAAUACUCUGAACAGUAAAUAUGCAUUGAGGUGUUUAAAUUAUCAGAUUACUUACCACCUCUUCCAAAACUUACUUCAUGUCUGACCAGUGCACACAAAUGAUUUUUUAUAGAGAGAAACUUUUAAUAGAAAUCUUUGAGUGCCAAAACAGACUUCUCUGGCCAAACAGUAUACCAGUCAAUGAAAAGUUAUCUAUUUCUGGUAGAGAGAAUACAUUCUCUACUUGACUGCCUAUUGGAACUCUUUCUAAAGCAUGUCUUCAGCUGGGAUUCUAGUCUUGCGAGAAACAUUUGGAGCUAGGAUCCAAUCCCCUAUGCAAGACUGAAAUCAGGUAUAAAAGCUGAUCACACUGAAAGAGGUGGGAACCUUGGAAUACAGUAGCUGGCGUUACAGCAGUGACACUGAUAAACAGGUAAGGAUCAAACUCACUUUGCUCAACAUACCUACCCACAUACCAGCAUGUCAAAAGACCACUCUGUAAAUCUGAAGAAAGAGGAUUUCAUCAAGACAUGCCAUCCUUUGUUUUCCACCCAGCACUGCUUCCUGAUUCUCUUACCACAAAACCUAUUACUUCCUGAACAAACUGUGUAUCAGAUCACGUGUAACCUCCAUUGGUUUUAAAUUAUUAGACACUCAAAACUCACCUCAUCUCCUAAGUUAUGAUUAAAUGGUAAAAUGUACAUCUUUUAGACAGUGCUAACAGACUAGCCAACACUGAAUGUCCCUCCUCUUCACCCUGGCAUCUGGAUUUUGAAUGGAGUUACAUUGUACUGUCAAUUAAAAGUAUCAGGGAGAAUGCAUGUGUAGGACAGAAAGCAUUCACGUACACAUUACGUAGAUUCACAGAGUCAUCAUCUAAACAUAGUAAAGGGGUUUUCCAGCAUAUGAACAGGACAAGUACAGCUUCUGUCAAGCUUUGAGCUUAAUGGACAACACAAUCUUACCAGAUUCACAAGAAGAGUCCAUUUGAAGCAUAAAUAAGCAGAGAUGUGAAACUUCAGUACCCACUCCUCUGGAGACGCACCUUCAACAUGGCCAGAAAUGCAGCUUUUCAUGCAAAACAAACUGAAGCUCCUGACACAACUCUGAACAGCACCAAUCAUUCCAGAUUUCAGGGCAGAACCUACCUAACUAUUCAGAAAAAUACUUCUGCAUUGAGUUACAUAAAGAGAACAAGACAACUUGAUCCAGGGGUGGUAUGGGGGUUGGUUUUUUUUAGGGGUUUUGGCUCUGUUUCCCUCCUUCUGUAGCUAUCUGUUUAGGAAGCUUCUUGUGAAAAACAGCCAUGUUUCUUAAUGAGUAAAAUCUGCCCCGAUUUCACUUGGACAAGACACAGACUUAUGUAAAGCAUGUGAACCAAUCAGAAGAAUGAUUCACUGACGCUACCAGUAAAAUGAAGAGAACCAGUGGCUGCUAAAUAAUCUAGUUUCUGCUCUGACAAAAAUAAAAUAAAAAAAAAAUAUCUCUAUUUUGAACUAUUAGUUUGGAAUAACUGAGUCAGAAGAGGUAGGUGUAUACACUAGAAAAAUGCCUAUGCUUCAAGUUUUGAUAGCAUCAAAAGCAGUACAAACUGUCUUUGUACUAAAUCAAAAUAACAAAUAGAGUUAAAAGUUCCCAUGAAGCAGCCUUCAAGAUCUUUUCUGUUGUGUCCAUUACCCGAGGAACAGCAGGGUGUAGGCUGGGGAGGAGCCCUGUUUGUUUGGCCUAGUAAAUCACCUCGCUGAUAUACACUGCAGGUAAUCCCAGCUGCCCAGGACACAGCUCUGCAAAACCAGCGUGUCAGUCUGUCAAUCAGAAGCCCACAAUGUGCAGACUGCCUGCAUCUGGGUGUCCAAACAGCUUCCCGGAAACAUCAGAAAGCCAGGCCUCCGUGUCAUUGAUUGGGACAACUGAAAAUUGAGGCAUCUACGAAUAACAGACUUUCCAAGAGAAUCUCAGCCUCAGACUGAAAAUGCUAUGUUUCUUGGGAUGCCAGAAUGACAGAAAUCAGCUUUUCUUAAUAAAAAGGCCUUUCAUCUUUUGCAAUAUAUGUCAAAAUAGUAUCAGGCUGUGUUCCUCCAGAUUUACUGUAGUGGAAGCAUAUCUUCAUGUAACAGCAGAAUUAAAUAUAUCAAUCUUGCCACUGAUUUGUAAAUAUCACUCUUUUGAACAAGUACUGUACCACUCGCUACACAGACUGCUUAAAAACUUUGUCAGCAUCUGCGAGGUGGUACAGCAUCCAGCAAGUGCUGAUUUGUUAUUUUACUGUUACUAAGUCAGCUGUUUUCAUUUCUCACAUCAAGUACCACUGUGUACCUGCUAAUGAGGGUUAUAACAUUGCAAUACCCAUUUGGACAGCGAAUAUGGUCGUACAGUAAUUCCUAAAGCUUUAAGAAUGGAGCUGUUCACCCUUCAUUCAACUGCUAGAGCCUCAGCCUGUACCUGCUGCUACUCAAGUUUUCUACUAAAGUUAGCAGGACUUGGCACUGCUAUUGACAAAUAGCAGCACCACAUCAGUACGAUCUUAAGGUCUCAACUACAAUGUCUUGUACCAGCCCAUCAGUAGAAAGUCCCUGUCCCCAGAGCUCCCUCCCUACGCAAAGCUGUGGGAUCAGGUCUUCAGGUAAGUAAUGGGUUAAUAUUUCUAUCCAUUUGGUAAUGGAUAGAAAUUAACUGAAAAAAAAAAAUUGAAGUGUUUUCAGAUUAUUUUAACCCACUGAAGGCGCAGUGCUGUUCACUUAGUUUCAUAGUGCAGGGGAGGGAAUCAAUCUUCAGCAGAGACAAAUCAACACAACUCAUUUCAGAGCUAAGCUAGAGCAAGAAGGCAGUCAAAACCAGGACAUGGCAGAAGCCCCAGUGCUCCCCUGCAUUUCUCUGCUGCGUGCUACACAGGUCAGGGUGGGGUAUCGGAGGAUGGCCUACUGCAUGCUCAAGAACAGCAGCAAGCUGGAUUUCACUUGCCUUUAUUAUUCACAGCCACAUAGUCUCAGGCUCGUGAGAGGCCAAAGGGCGCUCCUUCCUUCCUGGCCACACAGCAAUCACAGCUUGCCCUGCCUUGGGAUUAACACCUCGCAUCACACUUCAUUUCUCACCGUGUCUCCCACGUUUCCUUAACAACAAGCUACAUCACUAAAAUCCCAUGGCUUUGGCAGGGCUGGUGGUUUUAGGAAAAAUACAGGCUGCUUGUUCUUUUUGCAUAAUGGUCCUGUCAUUUUCCUCCCUGCAACUACACCACUCUUCUCUGCACGUAGUGAGCUUUUCUUUUGCACAACUUUGCUACCAAAGCAGCUCCCUGUUCUACAGCCUGUGCAAAUGAAAUACCUGUGAUACUUAACCCAGACUUCUGUACCUUUGUGCGUGACUGUUUACAUAUACAUUUGUGAGAUGGGAAAUAAACAAGCUAUCAACUUCA